CCCUUCUUUCUUGGAUCAGUCUUCGGUUAAAAUUGGUUAUACUUUUACGCGUUGGAAAGAACGAGCUAGUGAUAUAGCGUGGCCCCAGUCAUCGGUAAUCCCUUUUCACUUUGCUGUCGCUUUCCUUCGCGAAACUGCGAGAGCGACGUCGAGUUGAGUUGAGUUUGCUUUUCGACUGCUUGCUGAACUGUGGUGUUGUGGCUUUGCUGCUGCUGCAAAGAGAGAGAGUGCGUUUGCGAGGAAAAACGUUUCAUGUUAUUUUGACCCUGUGCGAAGCGCGUAUUUGGAAUAUUAUUAGCAGUACGGACUAUCGACUAGAUUUUCUCGUUGAAGAACCUGGAACAAUGUCGGACUCGAAUACGACCGAAGCAGCACCCGCUCCGGUGGAAGUUGAAGUGAAAACGCCGACAAAGCGUACGCCAUCUAAGCGCAAAGAUGCAUUCCAAAAGGAAAGCGAAGAACUACUGAAGAAUAUGGGUAUGGAUCCGUCGGAGGAAGGUGGUCGCCGUCGUACCCGCGCUAGCACACGUGGCGUCAACUCGACACCGGCCACACCGGCUACUCCACCAGCAAAGAAGUCUCGCACAGCUGCUACUCCUUCCCGUCGGGGACGAGGGAAGAAAGAUAUUGACGACGAUGAGGAGAAAUCUCCGGAAGGUGAAGCUAAGACUCCCAAAAAGCGGGGACGGCCUUCCGCUCAAGACAAGGAAGAGGAAAGCGCCAAGAAAGAUGAUGAGGAGGAGCCAAAGAAGGAGGAGGAUGAAUCGAAGGACGAAGCUGAUGCAAAGGCGGAGGAGGAAGUUUCCCAACCAGAGGCUGCUGAAGUGCAUGGCGAGGCUGACGCAAAGGAAGUUGAUAAGGUUGACGCUGUUGUAAAUAACACAGACAGCAAGACAGAAGACAAAUUGGAAGAGCCAGUUCCGGAAAAAAUGGAAGUCGAUGCCGAACAAACCGAACAGAAUGUCACUCCACAGGAAGAAAAGCACACAGAUGACACAACAGACUUAGCGCCCGAAAAUCCAGCGACAGAAGAACCUGCUCCUGCCGUUGCUGUCCCUGCCGCCAUCGAAAAGGAACCCGUUGCAGUUGCCGAGGAAGCUAGCGAGCCUGUAAAGGAACCUGCUGUGGAAGCACCGGUUGUUGUUGAAGAACAACUGCAGCAACAAAACUCAACACCGGCACCUGCUUCGGCGUCAAUUCCGGUUGAGGUGGAAGGAAACGGAAGCGCUGCGCUUGAAGGCGACGAUGAUUGUGUUAUGGAAGAACCGGUGGUAGUGGAGAAGCAGACAGCGGUGACAAUUGUCAACGACGUCAGCAGCACAGAACCAGCCAAGACGAAUGACGUCGUGCCGGUGGAAAAUAAUCUGGAAGAGACGAAGCUGGAGACUGCUGAACCCAAGAUUGUACCGGCGGAAGCGGCAGAAGUUGUAGAACCAACGGCAGCACAGUAGACGGAAUACGGAGGGUACCUUUUUGCAUCUGAAAGAGAUACUACGUUGAUCAUCAUUUCCUUCACAAUUUCUUCUGUUCUUGGAAAGCUUCUACCACACAACAAACACAGAGCAUCUAAAAUGAUAGAAAAAAAUACGACCUCCAGUCGAAUAGUUCCACAAACAGAGAAUGGAGAGACAGAAGGGGAUCAACAGAGAGGGAGAACUCUACGAUGCGGCAGAACAACAUUAUUGACAGCAGACGUGCAUUUCUCACUCGACGAUUACCUUCAAUUUCUUUAUAAAAAAAUCCUCUCUUUCUGGCGAGCUCCUUCCAGCGAAUGUCCCUUUUGAAAUGUACUUGCAGUAAGUCAAGUAAUUUAAUCCAAAAUAAUUCUUUUUUUUUUGCUUAACGUUAAGCAGCCAUUCUUUCGCUACUUUUACGUAACCGAGUACCCUCGUAAAGUUUUACGUUACAUUCGCAUCUGUUUUAGAAAUUUGGACUAAUUAGUAACGACCUUUGUAGAUGCAAAACAAAACAAAACAAAACAAAAACCUAAAAUAAUUGAAGGAAGAUGUAAAAUAUACACUAAAAACAGAUUUAUUCAUUGAUAAGCAACAGAUCGCUAGAGUUAGGUAAUAUGGAUGUUUUCUCCUUUUUUGUUUGUUCAAGUCAAACCAGAAUUUAGCACACUGCUAUAGAAUUAUGUACGGAACCUGUUGUAGCAAUUGAGAUGAUUACAAAGCAACAAAAUCAUGUAUGAUAGCAAAUAAGCGCAAAUUUUGAGAGCACUCAAAGCGAGCGAGCAUCUUUUGAAUGUAGAAUUCAUCAUUUAAUGACUUUUUGAACACCCCCCCGAUCCCAUCCAUUCUCAAAAUUCACAAUAGAUUAGUAAAGCUGCACCGGUAAUAUAUAUUGUUCGAGUCGUUACUUUUCUAACUUGAUACCUGAACUUGUCUAAAUGGCGCGAUGCAAGAAUCCGAGCGACUGAAACCAAUAUUCGUUGCUGUUUUAGGUCAUCUAGUCGGCAAAGAAUGAAUGGUUUUUUUUGGCUCUUGAAAAAUACCGCGUGAGUACUUGUCGAUAUUUGAUUUCUACGGGCGGAAACAACUGAUCUAAAAGAAUUUCAGCUUAAUUUUUGCCAUCUUAGAGAUAUGAUUUAUACAAUUUAAUAUUGGUAACAAUGAAAAAUAUAUAUGGACAACUAUACAAAAACGAUCACCGAUUUUACAUUAUUUUCGACUCCUUCAGUCUGUGGCAGGAACCUGAGAACAUACACUACAUAACACAUAUGCGCGCGUACGUGUUGUGCGCGAUGGAAUACAACACAAAGAAAGAGAAAAAAAAACGGAAAAAUACAAAAAAAAUGAAAUCUUUUUAACUAAUGUAUAGGUUAUUUUAUUAUUGUGUCGUGAAUGAGACAGAAAGAGAUGAUAAAUAUAGAAAUAUGGACAAACAA